AUGGCAUGCCUUUUUCCUACGGACUUCCACGUCCUAAACGAAUUCGACUCGAUCGCUUUUUUAGGGCAAGGAUUUCGUUUGAGGUCGCGCCCGCUGAAUUUACGUAUUAAAAAAGCGCCAUUUUUCAUUAUAACCGCAACAACUUAG